UUUGAAGGCUACCAUGGAAGCUGUUGGAACUCUAGGCGUUUCGAUACCUUUUCUUUCAGCUGAAGCCAUCCCACCGCAGAACCACUUUCACUUGUUUCCAUCUUCCCUUCUCUACUAUUUGCUCUUUGUUUGCCUUUGCAGAACACCAUGGAAGUUGUUGGAGAUGCUCUUAUUUCCGCUACCGUUGGCUUGCUCUUUGACAAGUUGCUUUCUUCUGAUCUGAUUAAGUUCGCACGGCAGGAGGAUGUCCACAACGAGCUCAAGAAAUGGAAGAAGGAGUUGCAGAGCAUCCAGAAAGAGCUCAACGACGCGGAGGAAAAGCAGAUUACACAGGAGGCUGUCAAAUCAUGGCUGUUCGAUCUCAGGGUUGUGGCGUAUGAUAUGGAGGACAUCUUGGACGAGUUUGCCUACGAAUUGAUGAGAAGAAAGCCGAUGGGGGAGGAAGCUGUCGAAGCCAGCUCAAGCAAAAUACGCAAGUUCAUUCCUACUUGCUUUACUAGUUUCAAUCCAACUCAUGUUGUGCGUAAUGUCAAGAUGGGGCCCAAGAUUAGGAACAUCACCAGCAGAUUACGAGAUAUUUCGGCCAGAAAAGUUGGACUUGGCCUAGAAAAGGUGACAGGAGCAGCUACUUCUGCUUGGCAAAGGUUGCCACCCACUACACCUAUAGCAUACGAACCUGGGGUUUAUGGCCGGGAUGAGGAUAAAAAGGUGAUCCUUGAUUUGCUGGGCAAGGUUGAGCCCUAUGAAAACAAUGUUGGCGUGAUCUCCAUUGUUGGCAUGGGCGGGGUGGGCAAGACAACGCUCGCACGGCUGGUUUACAACGAUGAAAUGGCGAAAUUUUUUGAUCUAAAAGCGUGGGUUUGUGUGUCUGAUGUGUCUGAUGUGUUCGAUGUGGAGAAUAUAACAAGAGCAUUUCUCAAUUCGGUGGAAAGGUCUGAUGGAAGCGGCUCGUUGGACUUCCAACAAGUUCAAAAGAAAUUGACAGACGCGUUGUAUGGGAAAAAGUUUUUACUCAUUCUCGACGAUGUGUGGAACGAAAAUUUUGGUAAUUGGGAUCGAUUGCGUGCCCCUUUGAGCGUAGGGGCAAAAGGAAGCAAAGUCAUAGUUACAACACGCAAUAAAAAUGUUGCAUUGAUGAUGGGAGCUGCCGAGAAUCUUCAUGAACUAAACCCCUUAUCAGAAGAUGCUUGUUGGUCUGUGUUUGAGAAGCAUGCAUUUGAACAUAGAAAUAUGGAAGAUAAUCCCAACUUGGUGUCCAUUGGUAGGAAAAUUGUUGGCAAGUGUGGGGGAUUGCCCCUAGCAGCAAAAGCCCUUGGUGGUCUCUUACGCUCUAAACAGAGGGAAGAAGAAUGGGAAAGAGUGUCAAAUAGCAAAAUUUGGGAUUUGUCAAGCACGGAAUGUGAGAUUCUUCCUGCGUUGCGAUUGAGCUAUCACUAUGUCCCUUCAUAUUUGAAGAGGUGUUUUGCAUACUGUGCAAUGUUCCCCAAGGACUAUGAGUUCAACUCAAAAACUUUGGUCCUCCUGUGGAUGGCUGAAGGUUUAAUUCAGGAACCAAACGCUGAUAACCUGACAAUGGAAGAUCUAGGAGACGACUAUUUUUGUGAAUUAUUGUCAAGGUCAUUUUUUCAAUCAUCAGGCACGGAUGAAUUCCGUUUUGUGAUGCAUGAUCUUAUCUGUGAUCUAGCUCGAGUUGCUUCUGGUGAAAUAUGCUUUUGUUUGGAGGAUACCUUGGAAAGUAAUCGACAAUCCACAAUUUCUAAAGAGACUCGUCAUUCAUCAUUUAUUCGUGGAAAAUUCGAUGUGUUCAAGAAAUUUGAAGCCUUUCAAGAGUUAGAACAUUUAAGAACAUUUGUGGCUUUACCAAUUCAAGGUACGUUUACAGAAUCUUUUGUAACUAGUUUGGUGUGUGAUCAUUUGGUGCCAAAAUUUCGACAGUUAAGAGUCCUCUCUUUGAGUGAAUAUAUGAUAUUUGAGCUACCAGAUUCUAUUGGUGGAUUAAAACAUCUGCGUUAUUUGAAUUUGUCUUUCACCCAAAUCAAAUUAUUGCCAGAUUCAGUGACCAAUCUCUAUAAUUUACAAACAUUGAUACUAUCCAAUUGUAAGCAUCUUACAAGGUUGCCUUCCAACAUCGGAAAUUUACUUAGCCUUAGACAUCUCAAUGUUGUUGGAUGUUCAUUGCAAGACAUGCCACAGCAAAUAGGCAAAUUAAAGAAAUUGCAAACAUUGUCUGAUUUUAUUGUGUCCAAAAGAGGAUUUUUGGGAAUAAAGGAGUUGAAGGAUUUGUCACAUCUGCGGGGGGAGAUAUGUAUUUCAAAAUUGGAAAAUGUUGUGGAUGUUCAAGAUGCUAGAGAUGCCAAUCUAAAAGCUAAGCUCAAUGUUGAAAGGUUGAGUAUGAUUUGGAGUAAAGAAUUGGAUUGUUCACAUGAUGAAGACGCUGAAAUGGAAGUCCUUCUCUCUCUACAACCUCAUACCAAUCUGAAGGAACUCAGGAUUGAAUAUUAUGGUGGUCGAACAUUCCCAAACUGGAUGUGUGAUUCCUCUUACUCUAAAUUGGUUUCGUUAAGUCUUAUUGGUUGUAUAAGAUGCAUAUCACUACCUUCUGUUGGGCAACUACCCUUCCUCAAGAAGUUAGUCAUCAAAAGAAUGGAUGGAGUGAAAAGUGUGGGGCUGGAGUUUGAGGGCCAAGUUUCUCUUCAUGCUAAGCCUUUCCAAUGCUUAGAGUCUUUGUGGUUUGAGGAUAUGAUGGAAUGGGAAGAGUGGUGUUGGUCAAAAGAGUCAUUUUCUUGCCUCCAUCAGUUGGAGUUAAAAAAUUGUCCAAGAUUGAUUAAGAAAUUACCCACUCACCUAACUUCUCUAGUAAAGCUCAAUAUUGGGAAUUGCCCAGAAAUUAUGGUUCGACUGCCAACACACUUGCCUUCUCUUAAAGAGCUCAAUAUUUAUUAUUGCCCAGAAAUGAUGCCACAAUUUGAGAAUCAUGAAUUUCUCAUUAUGCCACUGAGGGAAGCGAGUAGAAGCGCAAUUGACAUCACCUCACAUAUUUAUUUGGAUGUUAGUGGAAUAUCACAGCUUUCCAGACUUCAGCCGGAGUUUAUGCAGUCCCUGCCGAGGCUUGAACUUCUAGAAUUUGACAAUUCUGGUCAGUUGCAAUGUUUGUGGCUGGAUGGGUUGGGAUUAGGAAACCUCUCUCGUCUUCGAAUAUUGAGUUGUGACCAACUUGUAUCCUUGGGAGGGGAGGAGGAGGAAGUGCAAGGGCUGCCUUACAAUCUUCAGCAUUUGGAAAUACGUGAGUGUGAUAAGUUGGAGAAGCUUCCACAUGGAUUACAAAGCUAUACAUCUCUUGCAGAGUUGAUCAUCGAGGAUUGCCCAAAACUGGUGUCAUUUCCAGAGAAGGGUUUCCCGCUCAUGCUUAGAGGUCUUGCUAUUUCUAAUUGUGAAAGUCUAAGUAGUCUACCUGAUGGGAUGAUGAUGAGAAACAGCAGCAACAACGUGUGUCACCUUGAAUAUUUGGAGAUAGAGGAGUGUCCAUCUCUUAUUUGCUUUCCAAAAGGGCAGUUACCCACCACCCUUAGGCGACUAUUCAUAUCCGAUUGUGAAAAUCUAGUGUCUCUUCCAGAAGACAUCGAUGUGUGUGCCAUUGAACAGUUAAUUAUAGGGAGGUGUCCAUCUCUUACUGGUUUUCCAGGUAAGCUACCCCCCACUCUCAAGAAGCUUUGGAUAUGGGGGUGUGAAAAGCUACAGUCUCUACCAGAGGGAAUAAUGCAUCACCAUUCCAACAACACAACCAAUGGUGGACUUCAAAUCUUGGAUAUCUCGCAAUGUUCAUCUCUCACAUCCUUUCCUACUGGCAAGUUUCCCUCUACCCUUAAAUCUAUUACGAUCGAUAAUUGUGCACAGAUGCAGCCAAUUUCAGAGGAGAUGUUUCACUGUAAUAAUAAUGCACUUGAAAAGUUGUCCAUCUCGGGACACCCUAAUCUCAAAACCAUACCUGAUUGCCUCUACAACCUCAAAGAUCUUCGGAUUGAAAAAUGCCAGAAUCUGGGCUUGCAGCCUCAUCUAUUGCGAAACCUCACUUCUCUUUCAUCACUUCAGAUCACUAAUUGUGAGAAUAUCAAAGUGCCCUUAUCAGAAUGGGGACUUGCUAGAUUGACCUCUCUUAGAACUCUUACCAUUGGUGGCAUAUUUCUGGAAGCCACCUCCUUUCCUAAUCACCACCACCACUUGUUUCUUCUUCCUACUACUCUAGUUGAGCUUUGCAUUUCAAAUUUCCAGAAUCUGGAAUCCUUGGCCUUCCUGUCUCUCCAAACGCUCACCUCUCUUAGAAAGCUAGAUGUCUUCCAAUGUCCUAAGCUCCAGUCGUUUAUACCAAGGGAAGGGCUGCCUGACAUGCUUUCAGAACUGUAUAUAAGAGACUGCCCACUCCUAAUUCAAAGGUGCUCCAAAGAGAAAGGGGAAGAUUGGCCCAAGAUUGCCCACAUCCCGUGUGUGAAAAUAGAUGGCAAAUUGAUCCUUGAGCAAUAAGAAGUUGAGAUUGCAGCAAAAUGCACGCAGAGACUACCACUAUAUGUAAAUGCUUGUUGAAACUCAUCCAAUGGCAAAAAUUCUCCUUCACCAAUGACUGGUUUGCCAUCCAUGCUAUAAAGUCUCAUGCUUGAUGGUUAUGAAGGUUAAAAAUUCAGUAUUUCAUUGACAGAAGAAGAAGAAGAAGAAGAAGAACAGAUUUAAUUAAAAAGAAACUGGAGUCAAUUUUAGCAAAAAAAAUUGCAGAUAAAACUUACUUGGAAGCUUUUGUAGUUGUACGUGUCAGAACUUUAUCUGGGGCCUCAUGACAUGCCUGUUGUUAGAUUGCAUAUCUACGCAACACACAUAGGCUAUUAAUUCCCUUUCUAUUAGAAUCAAGGUGUGAAGGAGAAGAUAAUGCAAAUGGAAUCCAAUUCUCUAACCACAGGGUCAGCCAGUUAAAACUUGGAAGGGAGAGCUUGAAUCAAAUUAAGCCAACACCUUGCAAAAGAUGAAUUCUGGCUAAGAAACCCCACUACUCUCAAGUUCUUUCUUAUCCAAUAAUUUUACAGCAGGUAAUUCGAGAUUAUGGUCUCAUAUUUGUAUUUGUUCAUGCUGAUGCACUCACUGUUUUCACUCUCGUGUUUUCAUCUGAUGGUGACACACUCUUCUUCUUCUAUGCAACCAUUAUGUAAUAAUAGUCAGAGCUCUGUCUUCCUUGAGUUCAAGCAGAGCUUUCUGAUUGAUCAGCAUGUUUCUGAUGAUCCUUCUGCUUAUCGAAAAGUUGCAGCUUGGAAAUGUGAAGGCGAAGGUAGUGAUAGAGGUUUUUUAGUUUAGAUUUUUUAAUAAAAUCAUAAUUUGUUGAUUAGAUAUUUAGUAGGUUGUUAUCUCUGUUCCUAUUUGUUAGGGUGUUGAGAUUCUCUUGGAAGAGAUCUUUAUUUAACUUGUAAUCUACAGCUUAUUGAAUAGGUUGGAUGAUCAUUUUUUUUUUCCCCUAAAAUCUUCAUGGUAUCAGAGCUACGACUCUCAGCUAGGGUUUCUUAAUGGUCAAUACAGCCAUGGCCGGUGCAACUAGAUCCACCAACUCAACCAAGGAAACGACAGAGGAAGUGUAGAGUGGUCCUGCUGUCUUAUUCAACAAUUAUGAAAAUUCCAACACUUUUCAGAUAACUGUUCACAGAUUCAUUGGCAAGACUUAUGUAGAGUGGGCGCAAUCGGUGAAGCUAGUGAUAGAUGGCAAAGGCAAAAUUGGCUAUCUCACUGGUGAAGUGACAAAACCAGCAGAAAGAGAUCCCAAAUUCAAACCAUGGAGGUCCGAAAAUUCUAUGAUCAUAGCUGGGUUAAUCAACUCAAUGGAACCUGCUCUUGGAAAGGCAUUUAUGUUUCUUCCAACAGCCAAAGAUGUAUGGGAUGCAAUUCAAGAAACAUGCUCGGAUUUGGAAAAUUUGUCUCAGAUAUUUGAAUUGAAAACACUGGAUGAGGUCAAGGAACGAAUUCUAGGGAGGAAACCCUUGCCAAAUAUUCGUGAAGUGUUCUCUAAAGUUAGGUGAGAAGAAGCUCAACGGAGAGUAAUGCUCAAAGAUGUUGAUCGAAAGCAUACAACUGAAUAUGAAAGUUCUACUCUUGCUUCUAGAAGAUUCGAACAUGAAGGAGAUCAUGGAUGAAAAUUUCCCUAUAUAUUGUUGAUAUAUCGUGUAUCAGAUAUUAUGGAAAUGAUAUUAUGUGGGGAAAUAUCGUUCAGGCGAAAUUUUGAGGAAAAUUGUCGAAAAUCGUCGAUAUUUAUCGA